UAUCUUAUAGUGGGGGAAUCAAUCUCUCUCUUCACUACUCCACUUGUGGGUUCUGGUUUUUUUGGUUACGCUCACCAAAACGGCUCUCUCGCAGGCCAAAAGCUUCACCGUUUCGGUUCCUGCCUAGGGUUUCCUUCUCGCGUCGCCAAAUGCCGCACGGAGCCGCUACUUCGUUCUUCUCACUCUCCAGCUCCAAUUCCCCUCCGCGUUCUUCACCCACCAUGCAUUGAUUCUUCUUCCUCCUCUUCUCUUCAGUGGUGGCAGUUCUGGUAUGGAAGUGUAUGAUAUUUCUGAAACUAGAAACCAUGAUGCACAUAUGAUUGAAGGUACUGAUCUAAAUUCACAUUUCUCAAGCCCAAAUCUUGAACGAACUGAGGUGAUGGCCAACGAAGGAGCCCCUGAGUUUUAUGUUGAUCAGAACAUGUAUUACCCUAUUGCCAACAAUUAUGGGUAUUACUGUACAGGUUUUGAAACACCCGGGGAAUGGGAGGACCACCAUAGGAUUUUUGGUGUAGAUGGUCCCAAUGUUCAGUACACGGGUGCACAAAAUGAAAGUUUGCCGUAUGUAUAUUAUAGCUAUGGAUAUGCACAGUCUCCAUACAAUCCAUAUAAUCCUUAUAUUCCUGGUGCUAUGAUUGGAGCUGAUGGCUCAUUUGGAGGAGGGCAACAUUAUUACACUCUCCCCAAUUAUCAAAACCCAGUUUCUGCCCCUGGUUAUAUUCCCCUUGUUCCGCCAGACAAUUUUUAUGAUAGUUCUGCAGAUUCCUUUUUUGGAGCCAAUGCUUCUGUCAGUAAACCUGAUGGAAGAGGCUUGAAACAUAAGUUCAAUUCAGCUUCUGGUAACUUUUCUAGGAACUCUUCAAAAUUUUUAUCAAAUCAGACAAGUUCCUUGGCCAGGGUGUCAGAAGGGCCGAGGGGUAAUGAUGGGAGGAAGCAAGAUUUAACACAUGCAAGUGUGUCCGGUAGUAGUUUUCUCAAUUUAGCUUCACCGGCUGUUCAUCAGGUAGGCCAUGGAGGAAAUCACCGUGCAGCCCUGCACCUCGCUGUGAGGAAGAAACUGGGUCAGUGGGAAAUUAAGAAAGCUAAAUUGCCUACCAGCAGCACAGAGCUCCUCGUUAUGAGGAGGAAACUGGGUCAGUGUGGAGUUAGGAAACCUAAGUUACCUACCAGCAGCACAGAGAUGUUCUUCCUCGUAGUUCCCCUGACCCAAGCUCCAGGGUCAAUAUUUUUUGCUAAACUUAGGCCGAAGCUUCACCCGGGCAGCAAAGUUCCAAGUGGUGGUGGAAAUGGAAGCUCUGACAUAUUGGGUGAGCAAAAUCGGGGCCCUAGAGUUGGUAGAUCAAAAAAUCAGUUGUCUGUGAAAGCCUAUACAACGGUGACAGGAGAUGGUAAUGAGCAGGGGAACAUUGUCAUUUAUACUGAUCAAUACAACAAGGAAGAUUUUUCUCUUGACUAUGAAAAUGCGAAGUUUUUUGUUAUAAAAUCUUACAGUGAGGAUGAUGUGCACAAAAGCAUUAAAUAUAAUGUGUGGUCAUCAACACCUCAUGGAAACAAGAAGCUGGAGAAUGCUUAUGAGGAUGCACAGAAAAUAGCAGCUGAAAAGUCUGGAGUCUGCCCCAUCUUUCUAUUUUUUUCUGUCAAUGCAAGUGGGCAGUUCUGUGGGGUUGCAGAGAUGGUUGGUACAGUUGAUUUUAAUAAGAAUAUGGACUUUUGGCAGCAAGACAAAUGGAAUGGAAGCUUUCCUGUAAAGUGGCACUUUAUUAAAGAUGUACCAAAUCCAAAUUUUAGGCACAUUAUACUGGAGAACAAUGAAAAUAAGCCAGUAACUAAUAGUAGAGACACACAAGAGAUAGUGUAUUUGAAAGGUUUGGAAAUGCUGAAAAUAUUCAAAAAUCACACGUUGAAGACAUCUUUACUUGAUGACUUCAUCUACUAUGAAAGCCGACAAAAGAUCAUGCAGGAUGAGAAAGCCAAGUUGCUUGGCAAGAAUUUUGAUAGUCCGAUAUUUGUACCUGUGAUGGAAGCUCCCCCAAAGCUGAAUUUUACGUCAACUGGCAAUUAUGAGAAGAAUUUGAAGCCCAAGGAUGAUUCUGAUGGCUUGAAACAGAUUCCAGUUUCAAGUCUUGAGCAGAUUCCUAGUAAUUCUAGUGGUACUAGCAUCAAGCCUGUGGAUGAGAAAGCUGAUAAAACUGUUGCUAAAGAUAUUUCUUCUAUCUUAAAGAUUGGUUCAGUCACUAUUGCCCCCAAACAGGUUGAGGCUAAACAAUCGAUCAGCAUUGAUAAUAAAGAACCAGUUGAUGUCCUUACCGUAGGCUCGAUGAAGGUCAAAGUCAAUGGGUUUGGUUCAUCAUCUGGAUUCUUGAAGGUUGGCAGUAUCCCACUUGAUGGAAGAGCAUUGCAAUCGGGAAAAGGAGAUGCUUCCGUUAAAACCGGAUCACAACGUUAGAUUUUACUUUGCGUUUGAAGCAAGAUCUGGGCUUAGUCUACUUGGUAAAGAUGGAUUUAUGGUUGCCCGAUUGUAUUUUACAAUUGGGAUGUUGAUUUUCUUUUUGAUCAUUGUGUUUCCUACAUGGUUCAUUUGCUAAUGGUGAUGUUUUGCUGCAAGGCUGUUAAAUCUUUGGGUCCUUGGACGGUGUUGAUUGGGUCGACUUCUAAGGUUUUAUAGGAUAGUGUAACGUCCUUUAUUUGUGCUUUUCGCCUGCUGGUUCUCAACAUGCAAGGAGUGAGUGAGUUUGUUCAUCCAAUCUGUGUUGAGAAACCUGCUUGAACAUCGCGCCACAUAGUCGAGUGAGUCUGCUAUAUUGACAAGAUCGUACUUCUAUUCUAUUGUUUUGAAUGUAGUAUCCUUAUUUGGUUAAAGAUGAGCAAAUGUAACAAUUGAUUAAAUGAGCUUUCUAAGGUGAGAGUAUAUCAAUGGCAAGUGUAUUAAUUCUUGUACCUUAUAAUCUAAUCUUAGGUGGAAUCAGUUCACCGUGUUGUCUUUGGAAAUGUUACGUUUGUUUGAUGAAA